AUGUCUGCUUCUGAAGAGCUUCCAUCCGAAACUACCUCUCCUAACCUUGUUUCAACUACUACCGCCGCUAUUGUUACAACAACUAUCGCUGCCACUACAAGCACUGCUGCUGCUGCUGCUGCUGCUGUCAACACCGCGUCGUCCCAGGCUACCGAAGCUAGUACUACUACCGACGAGCAUGCCCCGUCACACCGCGCGGCUGCUCGUUCUUCUUUUUCCUCCUCUUCUUCUUCACUUAGAAUGACCGAGCCUGAAGAAGUGGAGCUUCCUCCAUCUCCCUCAUCACCGGCGCCGCCGCACCAUACUGCGCCCAGGCCUGAGGAGGUGGAGUUGCCGGCUUCGCCUGUUCCUGUCACUGUCACUGUCAAUGUCAAUGAGCCUCAUCACCACCAAUCCGCUCAAGAUAUCGACGUCGACAACACCAAGCCUAAAGGCGAUCAGCACGUCGAGGAUGAUCCCAAGUCAGACAGCGAACUAAGCCUUGGCCAGCACGCUGACCAACGUGGCCAACACCCUAUUUCCGAGAUCAGACCCACAGAUAUCCGACUGCCGCUCUCACCGAAGGUUACCCCUGAAGGUGUGGUGGAGCUUCCCGCCUCCCCUGAUUCAGAAUCCACACCUAUCAUCAUCGACGAACAGCUUCAGCUUCAGCCGCUGCAUUCUUCUCAUGGUGACGACGAACAACAACUUUUUUCUCAAUCACCACCACCCAAGGUUACCACCACUGCCGAUGCUCAUGCGCAACCGUCAUCCUUGGAGAAGUCCCCUGUUCUAAUGGCCGUCCCAAGCUCCCUGGACAUGCCACCACCACCCGAGGAUAUUGAACUGCCGCCCUCACCUGCUGAUGUGGAGCAUCGAGAGGAGAAACCAAUCGUCGCCGAGAUUCAUGAGCAUGUCAAGUCACCUGUUAGCGGUCAUCAAGAUGUAGAGAUCCCGACUUCUCGUGAGCAUUCGCCUGCUCAUUCGCCCGCGGUUGAAGUCUCUAAUUCCAAGGUUCCAACUGAUGCGGCUGAGCUUUCUGAAGUGGAGGAGAAUUCUGCGUCCCAGUCGAAGCAGAAGACGUUGGCUGAAGAGUUGGAGGAGCUCGAUGAGUCUAGGUCUCCUUCUCCUGAAGUUGAUAACCGAGAUGCGGAGCUUGCAUCUUUUACUGGACUUACCAAGGAUGCGGAACUCCCAUCUGCACACUCAUCGCCCAUGGUCGCACCUACGGAUAUAGAGCUCCCAGCUUCACCCUCUCCCAAGCCUGAGACCAAUGAUCAAGACAAGGACCUUCCGAUCACAGCCGAGUCCCACGAAGCCGUCGCCAAUGUUACCAUCUCAACUUCGACUUCGCCCACGGUCUUGCCCAAGGUUAAGCCAGAAAACAUCGAGCUUCCGCCUUCUCCACAGCGCCCUCAGCUCUUGCCUUCACCUAAUAUCGUACCCGGCUAUCAAUUCUCGCCUGAGCCUCUUUCUGAUGAUGAAGGACUACCGCUUUCACCUGACGAUGAGUUUGAGGAUGAUGAUGACGAGGAUGAUGGGUCGCCAGUUGAUGUCGAGCAAUACGAGCGGAGCUUUAGUGAUGAUCCCCAGGAGGAGGGGUUCGCGUCUUCGCCUGAUGAGGGAACAGUUGAUCAUGUUGAAGUCCAGCAGCAUUCUCCUCCUUCCCAAGGUUCACCCGCAUCCGCAUCGUCGUCGCCAAGAAUCUCACCAGCGCAAGUGGAACUCCCUGCCUCUCCUGUCGAGUCGCCCAAUUUCGCUCCUGCUUCGUCGUCCCCUUCGCCCAAGAGCACACCGGAGGACGCGGUGCUUUCGCCUGCGCUUGAGGCGGCGAUGGAGUUCACGCCUUCUUCGCCUGUGGAGCGCUCGGUUCCUUCGACUAAGGGUACUGCGUUUGAGGAAAGGGCUGUUUCGUCUGCACCUGCACUUGCACCUGCACCUGAGGAGGAAACCGUUCAAUUUGCGCCUGCGCUGUCGUCCGAGGUGCAACACCCAGCUUCACCCAAGAUUUCAUCCGAAGAUGUGGGAUUGCCAAAGUCACUCUUGCCUGAGGCCGAACAUGAAGAGACGAAGCUUCCGAUUACGACUGCUCGGCUGCCUGAGGAUGUUGAGCUGCCGAUGUCGCCUGAGGUUGAAGUCCCGACUCUCGCCCACGAAGUCAUCCAGAGUCCCGGCGAUCAAUCUGACAACAUCCACGAAAUUUCAUCUUCGCCCAAGAUCGCGCCUGCGGACAUCGAACUCCCAACCUCGCCUGUCGAAGAAAUCUUACCCGCAUCUGAAGAACUCCCCACCUCUCCCGAAAACCAAGUCCUAGACUCAUCCAAGACACUCCCUGGAGAUUCUGGUUUGCCCGAGUCACAUUUGACCGAGGCGGAAGUUGAAGAAGAUAUGGAUCUUCCAACGGCUGCUGAGCAGGACGACCAAAUCGUCGACGAACAAUCUGAUGAUAAUUUCCAAGUUUCUGCUUCGCACAAGAUUGUUCCCGAGGAAGUUGAACUCCCCCGCUCGCCUUCUUCGCCUGUGGUGGGGGACUUGGAUGUCGAUGAGAUGCAGCACCUACACUCGAGUCAGAUUAUCCCGCCGCAUGUUCAGCGGUCGGUAUCCCCUGCAGUAAUUCAUGAAGAGGUGCAAUCCCUGACCUUGUCAGAGACUGGUUCCGAGGAGGUUGACGUUCCUGCUUCUCCUGUAAAGGAGGCCGCGACUGAGGAUGUUGAGCUUCCGCGCUCACCCGUGCCUGAGAAUGUGGAACUGGAUGUCGAUGAGAUUCAGCACUUGCAUUCUAGUCAGAUUAUUCCUCCGCAUGUUCAGCGCGCGGCUUCGCCUGAGAUUGGUCCUGAGGAGGUUGAUGUUCCUGCUUCAACUUUGACUGAAACUGCAUCCAAGGAGGAUGAACUUCCUGCUUCCCCCGAGAACGAGGCCACUCCUGAGACUAUCGAAGCCCAAAGAUCGCCAUCGCCCGCGGCUGAGUUGGAUGUUACCGAGCUUCAGCACCUACACUCGAGUCAGAUUCUUCCUCCACAUGUUCAGCGGGCGGCUUCGGCUGAGAUUGGUCCUGAGGAGGUUGAGGUUCCUGCUUCAACUUUGACUGAGACUGCACCCGAAGAGGUUGAAGUUCCUCACUCAUCCUCGCCCGGCGCUGAACUGGACGUUACUGAGAUUCAGCACUUGCACUCGAGCCAGAUUCUUCCUCCACACAUUCAGCGUGCGGAUUCGACCUGGGGUGAGGUUGAGCCUGAGGACGUUGAGCUUCCAAAGGCGCCUCUGAAGGAGAUCACACCCGAAGAGGUUCAAAUGCCGGUUUCGCCCAAUGUUGUUUCUGAAGAAGUUGAGAAUCUAGAGUCAACUCCAUCUUCGCCUAAGCUCGCAUCCGAAGAAGUCGAGAUUCCGCGCUCACCUUCGCCUGCAGAAAACCUGGAUAUUACCGAGCUUCAACAUCAGCAUUCGACUCAGAUCAUUCCUCCCCAUCUCCAACGCUCCGUGUCGCCUACAGUCCAGGCCCAGGCCGUUCCCGAAGACAUUGAGCUCCCUGCUUCGCCAUUGGCAAAGUUCACACCUGAGGAGGUUGAACUGCCACGUUCAUCUUCACCGGUGGAGGCGAAAUUGAAUGUCGUCGAAAUGCAGCAUGGACACUCGGCUCAGAUCCUUCCCCUGUACGUUCAGCGUGCUGAUUCAACUUGGGGUGAGGUUGAUCUUGAGGACGUUGAUCUUCCGAUUGCGCCUCUGAAGGAGAUCACACCCGCGGAGGUUGAGCUCCCAGGAUCGCCAUCGUCCGUCAAAGAUGAAUUGGAUGGUGCCGAGCUUCAAUCUGCUCCCGAAGAAGUUGAGCUCCCAGCUUCUGAGCCUACCUCGCCCAAGAUCACACCGGAAGAAAUUGAGGCACCGCGCUCGCCGUCGCCUUUCGACGAGUCCAAGAUCACUGAGCUUCAGCAUCUGCAUUCGGCCCAGAUUAUUCCCAGGAAUAUCCACUAUGCGACUUCCUCUUCCGGCUCGCCAAAGAUCACUCCGGAGGAAGUUGAACUGCCUGCUUCGCCUGUGGAUGAAGUGGACGUUGAUGAACUUCAGCGAUUCCACUCAAGCCAGAUCAUCCCGCCACAUAUUGAGCGCUCCGCUUCGCCAACUAUUGAGGAGGUUAUCCCUGAGGAGGUUGAACUUCCGGGUCCCCCUCAGGUUGUUCCAGAUGCCGAGGAAGUGGAAAAUUCCGCUUUGCCUGAGCCAAAGUCUGACGCUGAGCCUAAGAUGGCACCUGAGGAGAUUGAACUUCCUGCUUCGCCUGUGGAGCAAGUGGACACUGAGCAGCUGCAACAUUUGCACUCGCGCCAGAUUAUCCCACCACAUAUCCAGCGUCCCGCCUCGCCUUCUGUUGACACUCAACUUCCGGCCUCACCUAAGGUUACUCCUGAAGAGGUAGAACUUCCAGCUUCACCUGAACUUGUCCCUCAAGACAUCGAGCUUCCACUUUCUCCCAUGGCUGAGCCCCAGGAACCUGAGCAUACCCAACUUCCAAUUGCUACCGAGGAGGCUGGGUCCAGCGUUGAUCAGCAACUCGAUGACUUGGAGGAGGAUGAUGCUAGGAGUGCCGCUCUUGAACUCCCAUCCUCUCCUGAAGUCAAGGCCGAAGUCCAGUCUGAUGAGCUAGAACUCCCUCUUUCGCCUGCUUUGGAGCCUGAGGAGGUUGAGCUUCCUGCUUCUCCUAAGGUUGUUCCUGAAGAAGUUGAAUUGCCGGUAUCCCCGGUGGAUGGGUUGGAUGACGAGCAGCUUCCAGUUGAGCGCGGCAUCAGUGCUGAGCACGAUAAUGGUCCCGAACAAGAUGUGCUGGAGAGUGCCGCUAUUGAACUCCCCGCCUCGCCUAAGAUUGUUCCUGAAGAAGUCGAACUCCCACUUUCUCCCAAGAUAACCCCUGAAGAGGUAGAACUUCCCGCUUCUCCUGUGGCCGAGACAGAAGAACAGCCCGCAACCGUCUCUGAGCCGUUCGAACGGAACAUCAAUCUUGAAGCCGACAUUGCCCCACAAGAGGACAUCGAGCCCUCGUCCUCUCCUGUGACAAAGCCCGAGGAUGUCGAGCUUCCUUCCUCUCCCGAAGUCGUCCCUGAAGAUGUGGAACUUCCCCUCUCUCCUAUCGUUGAGUUGGAACGUCAGCUCCCCAUUGAGCCUGUCACCUUCGAGCUCCCAUCUUCGCCCAAACCUAAGCCCGAGGACCUUGAGCUACCUCCUUCGCCUGAGAUCGUUCCCGAAGAGGUAGAGCUGCCCGCUUCUCCCGUUGUUAACUUGGCAGAUGAACAGCUGCCAGUCGAGCCUGAGACAUCUGCAGGGGCCAUUGAAGUUUCCGAGGAAGAUAGCGAACUCCCGUCUACGCCAAUUGUCAAGCCUGAGGACUUGGAGCUCCCUGCUUCUCCUGAGGUGCUUGCUCAAGAUGUGGAACUUCCUCCUUCGCCUGUCACCUUACCCGAAGAUGUGGAACUUCCGCCUUCUCCGGUGGUUGACUUGGAACGUGAGCAACCUCUCGAUCUUUCUCACGUUCAAGAGCAGCAAGGCGAAGAGCAGCUUGACAAGCACACUGCUCCCGAAGAUUCGCCCGUCCUUCUACCCAAAGACGUGGAGCAUCCGGCUUCACCUGCGACAGAAUCCGAGCCAGAACCAAUUGAACCUGUCCGACAGAGCUUCGACUCGGACCUCUACUACGAUGCUGUUGACGGCAAGGGCAAACAACCUGCAACCGGUGCUGAGGAACUAACGCAACAGGGCGAUGCAGCAAAGACCGAUCCGGCACAGAAAUGGGAAAUGGUCGACAAUGUCGACGAUGUUGAUGAUCUUGAUUCUAUUGACGGUGCCGAUUCAGAGAUCUCGGAAAACGGCCUACUCACCGAGGUCCCAACAAGUAAGCAACCGAACCAACCAAAACCAACCCGAGAACGGGAAGAGGUGGCUGCUGCGAUCGAGCGAUCGGAAGAUGAUGCCCCCAUCAUACCUCGAGACCCUUCAAGUACUACUACUACUACUACUGGCGACGGACAUCAUGCUGACAUUCUCAGCCGCGAAGCAGAAGACAAUGUGGACCUUCGUCGGUCAGCUGGUGGGUCGCCAGUUCCAACUUCCACGUCGAUAGCAGCAGCCACCGCCGCAGCAGGAGCAGCAGCACUCGCUGCGGCCACCGUGAAUGAGCUCCUUACAACACCGACCAAAGACGAUGAACCGGAACUGGAAGCGACCGUUGAGGUCCACCCCGCCGUCAAGGGUGCCAUCAAUAGAGGCUUCGAUGAGUACGAUUAUGCUACUGCCUUAUCUCCCACUACAGUCGGCCUCGGUCUCAUUGAGGACGCCCCCAUGGAUCUCUACCCUACGGAUGGGCCCUCUCCCAAGCUUCUCUCCGCUUCCACCUUCCCUCUCGAGGAAGCUGGAGAUGAUGACGGCGAUUACUUCAAUAACGUCGAGUUGCCCGAGGGUGCUAUUUUCGAAGAACUUCCUUCCGAGGCGGAGGAGCCUGCUCACGAGCACGCCAGCCACUUCACUCAUGACCCGCCCUCCGAGCCCGAGGAGCAUGAAGUUAAGAAACCUCGGAAGUCCAUCGACGAAACGCAAGGAUUUGAGACCCUAUUCGCUCCCCGCACGCCCAUGCCAUACGCCUCAACAAGGGAGACACUAGUCAAAGAAUCUCCCAAGCCCGCUGCCCCGUCUCCGUCCACCACCGAACAGACACGCCAACCCCCCCAGCAGGCAGAGCCAGUCAGACACAAGCGCAUCAGGUCCACCGAGCCAGCACGCCUCAACAACGAAGCCCUCGCAGCGUCUCUCUCACCACGCGCCAAAUCCUCAUCAGUUAGAAACUCGUGGCCCGCUUUUACUACUACUGGAAAAGCCAAAGCGCUCGCCGCUUCCUUCCUCGAGUCUUCCUCCGUCAACCGUGGCUCUUCCCCUGUUACGCCCCGCUUCCCGCCAUCGGCAUCAUCCAUGCACCAGCAGCAACCACCAGUCUCAGUUCUGCUCAAAGAACAAACCCAGCGCCAGUCGCGCGAACUCGCAGCCAAUUAUCUCGAGACAUUCGCAGACGAUCGUAAAGUCCGAUCCAAAUCCAGACCACGUCAGCCAUCUUUUUUUGGUGGACAUACGGCACCCAACGCCGCCAAUAGGGUGGUGCCGGUGCCAGUUGACUUGGAUUCGUUGGGAGAGACUAUCGUUCCCGAGAAGGAAGAGCCGACUCGGCCUCCCUCUGUCAGCUCGGUAGACUCUAUGGGGUCGCCGACGGGUCAGGGACAGGCACAGGACCAGUCUAUGGCUUUAGAGAUGGCUGUUUCGUACCUGGACGAUGAAGGAGAGGACGUCGGUGCUGUUCCGAUGGUGGUUACACCUGGCGUGGGAAUGGAAAUUACGCCUAGCCCGGAGAGUUCGCCUGGGUUGCAGCCGGAAGAGGAGGAAAGAACAAGGGAGCGCGAGGCCGAGGUAAAGGUUGCGCAAGAGCCUGAGCCGGAGCCUGAACCUGAACCUGAGCCGGCAGCAGAAGAUGAUGAACAUGAUGCUUCUCCCGAGUGGGGACGAGGAAUGUCUCUGCCUAGUGUGGAAAUUCAGCCCGCUACUCCUAGGGCUGUACUCGAAGAAGAGGAGGAAGAGGUUGAGUCUUUGUUUGACAUUCCUGUGCAACCUGUGCAUGCGCAUGAGGUUGAGACUCUGUCGACGGUGAUGGAGGAGUCGGAGCCUACUGAUGAGGAGGAGGAAUCUACGUCGGCGCCGGCGCAUACACAUGAGGCGCCUGUUAUUGACAAGUCUGAACAUGAUGAGCGCUCUGCUUCACCUGAGAUCCACGAGGAAUCUCAAGACAGUCCGUCGGUUGAGAUUGACGUUGAUGAGCUCCAUCGGUUGCAUUCACGACAAGUCGUUCCAUCUAACCUACAACGUCAGGUCCCGUCAUCGCCCAUAAUCAAGCCCGAAGAGGUUGAGCUCCCUUCCUCGCCUGAACUCCACGGGGCAUCUCAAGAUACUCCAGCGGAUAUCGACAUUGUUGAGCUGCAGCAAUUGCAUUCAGGACAAAUCCUUCCGCCUAACCUACAACGUUAUAUUGCUGAGCUCCAGCGGUUGCAUUCAAGACAAAUCGUUCCGCCUAACUUGCAGCGUCAGGUCCCGUUAUCGCCUGAAAUCAAGCCCGAAGAGAUUGAACUCCCUUCCUCACCUGAACUUCACAAGGAAUCUCAUACUACUCCAGCCGACAUCAACAUCACUGAGCUCCAGCAAUUACACUCAAGGCAAAUCAUUCCGCCCAACUUACAGCAUCCGGCAUCACCCCCUUCCCACAUCAAGCCAGAAGAGGUUGAGCUCCCUUCCUCGCCUGAAACCGCUGAGGAACCUCUACACAAUCCCGCGUUUAUCGAUACUGCUGAGCUCCAGCAGUUGCAUUCAAGACAAAUCCUUCCACCUAAUCUACAACGUCAUAUCGCUGAGCUCCAGCGGUUACAUUCAAGACAAAUCCUUCCGCCUUACCUAGAACGUUAUAUUGCUGAGCUCCAGCAGUUACAUUCAAGACAAAUCGUUCCGCCUAACCUACAACGUCAGGCCUCACCCUCGCCUCCUCCCCAAAUCAAACCCGAAGAGGUUGAGCUCCCUUCCUCGCCUAAAAUCCCCGAGGAACCUCAAAAUACUCCAGGGGACAUCGACAUUGUUGAGCUCCAGCAAUUGCAUUCAGGACAAAUCCUUCCGCCUAACCUACAACGUUAUAUCGCUGAGCUCCAGCAGUUACACUCAAGACAGAUUCUCCCGCCCAGUCUACAGCGCCAGACCUCACCCUCGCCUCCUCCCCACAUCGAGCCCGAAGAGGUUGAACUCCCUUCCUCGCCUGCCCUGAAGCCGGAGGACGUGGAACUUCCUAGUUCCCCAGUGGAGGAAACAAUCCCUAUUAUCGCUACAGGCUUGGUUGCCGCUGGACUUACGCUUGCUUCCGAGGUUUCGAAGGACAACAAAGAUCAUUCUGAUGAUGAGGAGGAUGAGAACGAUUCCGCACCUGCUUCUCCACAACCAGUCGAAGAUCACAGCAGCAGCAGACAUGUGGAUGACGAGUUCGAGGACUUUUACCGUCCUGCCACGCCAAAGGUGUACCCUGAGGAAAUUGAACUCCCUGCUUCCCCCGAGAUCAUCAAGCCCCAGGAUAUCGAGUUGCCUGUCUCGCCUCGGAGUGUUCCUGAGGAGGUUGAGCUUCCUUCUUCGCCUAUCAAUGAACCUGAGGAAGUUGAGCUUCCUGCUUCGCCUGUCAAUGAACCUGAAGACGUGCAAGUUGCCUCUGAUUCUGAGUCCGAGGCGGAUGAGCAAGACAUGACGACGCCAAUUAUUGAAGCUCAUGUUGCAAAGCCCGAGGAGAUUGAACUACCUUCAUCUCCUGCAAUUGUACCUGAGGACAUCGAACUUCCUUCCUCACCUCAAAUUGUUCCUCGGGAGGUUGAGCUUCCUUCUUCGCCUGCCAACGAACUCGAAGAUGCAGAGCUCUCCUCUGACUCUGACUCCGAGGCGGACGAAGACAGUACGCCAAUUGUUGAAGCUCAUGCCACGAAGCCCGAGGAGGUUGAACUCCCUUCAUCUCCUGCCAUUGAAGCCAGGAAUAUUCAGCUUCCAUCUUCUUCUGUCGAACCUGAAAAUGCAGAGCUCGCCUCUGACUCUGACUCUAGCUCCGAGGCAGAUGCCACAAAGCUCGAGGAAAUCGAACUACCAUCAUCUCCCGCAAUGGUACCUGAGGAGAUCGAACUUCCAGCUUCCCCUAUUGUCCAGGCCGAACAAAUCGAAGUCCCCUCUACACCUGAGCCUGAACAUGAGCAUGAGUUCCACUCUGAGCCUGAACAAGAAACGACAACCCACCCUCUACUCGACUCGGAAGCGGAAUAUGAAGAUGAAGAAGACGAUGACUACGACCCGCUAGCCGACCUCCUCCCGUCUCCGGAUAUGAGCCCAGCACAACACCACGAGCGCUACGAGCGGGAACUUCCGCAUCCGCAUCCACUCAUGAUGCACCCUGUCGACUACUCAGCCCCUCAACAACACGGGUAUGAAGAAUCAGAGGAGGUUCAUACCCCAGUGUAUACUGAACCGGUCGAGUUUUGGCAUUCGCCCGAGUUGAGGUACCAUUGCUCACCGGAGCUGAGAUCAGCAGAUCAAGAGUUUGCGUCUUUCCCUGAGGUCAAUCCCGAGGAUGUGCAGCUGCCUGCAUCGCCUGAUUAUGGUGCGGAGGAGGAAGAGGAAGAGGAUGAAGGAUUGUCUCGUGACGUGCCAGCAGACGAUGACGAAUGGGAGAGCGAAAGCGGAAGCGGAAGCGAGGAAUAUGAUCGUGAUGAUGAACAUCAAGUUCACCAAGCACAAAGCGUCGCAAUCGUGGCUGGCACCGUUGCCGUGCUUGGCGGCGCUGCGCUCGUCGCGAAUAGUUUGAAGAAAGAAGAGAGAGCGGAGGAACAGAUUGAUAGUGAAAAUGAUGAAGAGCGUGAGGAGACAGACAGUGAGGAUGAUGAAGAGAAGGAUAGAAGUGAGGAUGAAGACGACCAAGUCAAACCCGUCGCGGUCACGCGGAGUGAUGACAAGCGAGAAGACAGUGAGGAGGAAGAAUCGGACGGAGAGCCUGGUGAGAGGGAUGCACGGUCUGGAGACGACCUUGAAGAUGAAGAAGCAGGUGAAGAGGACGUAGAGGAUGUCCAGGGUGGGGACAACGAGGAUCUUCACGAACCGAGUCUCGACCGCCAAGAUUCCGAGACCGUUCCCAAGGCCAUCAGAGAAGGAGCGCCGAUGCCGUGGGCAAUGAAGAGCAAUCGUCGGGAAGAUUCCAGCUCCCCUCCCCCGGCUGAGCAACGCAGGUUUUCCUUCCCUGACGACAUUGCGGAAGAGGAAGCAUUUGCCGUCAGUCGCUCAAACACGGCGAUUGAAGGUGGUGGUGACACGAAGCAUGGGGAAGGUCCGGCAGGCAGUCACGCGACAUCGGAUCAAAGUCAUCAACAUCAACAAACGCCCAGCGCGCCCAUGUCCACUAUCUCAGACUAUGCGCAUUCCUGCAACAGCCUACCGACGUUGCAAGAGGAAGACUGGGCAACGGAUGACGACAGGAACAGGCACGACAAGGACGGCGAUUCACCCGUCAACAAAGCCAAUAUCACGGGACUUUUCAGAUACGGAACUCCCAUCGCGGAUCCCAACCGUGAUAGCACUUUUACCGUGGCGGCCCGGGGCUCACCGCAAAUGUCCCGGUACGCAGUGUUCAACGAGCAGUAUCAUCAACAGCAACUUGAACGACAAGCUCAAAUCCAGGAGGAAGAUCUGCGAGAGAGAGGGGUUGAUCUACGGGAUUUUGCCAAUAGCCCAUCUGCCGGCAGUGAUCGGACCGAGACUGGUCCUUCGUCUCCUCAGAGAACUGCUGAGACUCCCAAGGUGCAGGAGCCAGUGCCUGAGAGCCUCAAGGGCAAUGUGGAAGUCGUCAAGGAGCAGCAUUCUAGCGAGAAGGCAAGGAAAGAAACACCGCAAGACAAGCCUGAGCAGCACAUUCCCAAAACCUUGCCAGGCCUGGGAGUGGCGCUGAGGCCAACAGGCGCUUUGCGGAGCGUCUCGGACAUCAGCAAGCAGCUGCAAUCAGCACUUUCAGGCCAAUCACCAUCACCGGUUGCCCGGCCAAUCCCUUCCAACACUGGUGUUGCACGACUGCGCACUCCCGAACCACUGAGUGCCACCAACAAUAACAACAACCUCAACUUGCGGCCUGACAGUCCAGGCAGCAGCAGCAUCAGCAUCAGCAGCACCAGCCGGUCUCACACAAGCACUCCCCCGCUCAGGCGGAUGGACAAGCGAGCCACUGGCAACCUGCGCUCCCUCUCCUUUGGCAGCCAACAGGAUGCCGCCGCCAAGUCGGCAUUCCUUGGUACACUUGCAGAAGGGGAGGGAGGAGCCCCGGCCGAUGCUGAAGGGCCAGGUUCCAGAAGCAGCAUUGGCCCUGUCAGCCCAACAACCCCCUCGCGUGCUCAACCCCCCCGGCCUGGCAGUGACACAUCGGGAUCGUCGCCGACGGCUGCCCCUGCUGCCCCCCACCAAAGCCAGGCCCCAGCCACCCCUAGUCCUCCCCGGCCCAACACUAGCAGGGCCACCAGCGCUAACAGCGUAAUCCCUGGUGCAGUUGCCCCUGCCCUGGCAUUGGGCACCACCAGCCCUGUUGCCGAUGGUGGUGACGACAACACCAACAACAACCUCGUCGACAAGGACAAGAGCAAAGACAAGCAGCAGCAGCAGCAGCACAAACAAGCUGUGACAACGCCCCGGGCUCUUUCUGUCGCAUCUGCCACGCCCGUCGCCAAUGAAGGCCGCACCCGAUCUAAGGGGUCAAUGGAUGUGCCCGACGUUUAUGAUGGCUUAGGCGAAGGUCGCCUGGGAUCCCCGCGAUCACCUGCCCGCCCGCCCAGCUUGCGCAAACGACACAGUGCCCAGCUCAUUGACCUGGAAGCCAGACUUGCCCAGUUGAUGGCCGAGAAUGCCGCGCUGCAAAAAGCCAAAAAUGACGCCGAAGCUGAACUGUCCCAACGCAAUGCCGACCUGGCCAGCAUCCUUGCCGAUAAGAAUGUCGAGAUUGAGAACCUCCAGCGGGAAAUCCAAGAAACCCAAGAAACCUGCAACCGGCUCGAGGAGACAUAUGAGGGCCUGAAGACUUCCACCUCGGCCAUCGCUGUCAAGCACAACGAGACGGUGCGCGCUCUCGAAGAACAAGUCAAGAAAGCCGCCGAGGAACUGGCCGCCGCUCAAGGCAAUCACGAACAGGUAUACACCAAGGCUAUUGCAGAGAAGGAUGCCCAGAUCGCCCACCUCCGCGCCCAAUUGAACGCUCAAACCGCCCAGAUUCGCGAGCUGCAGGAGCAAAUCGAUAGCCAACAGAUUGCCCGGUCACCGGAACCCACCGCAACAGACGACUUCCUCGACCUCCACGACGUCGACUACUUCGACCAGCGCCUGUCCCAGCUCUGCGCCCACGUCCAGCAAUGGGUCCUCCGCUUUUCCAAGUUCAGCGACAUGCGCCACUGCCGACUGACCUCGGAGAUCAACGAUGAAAAACUCAUCGAUCGCCUCGACAACGCCGUCCUCGACGGCUCCGACGUCGACGUCUACCUGGCUGAUCGCGUGCGCCGCCGCGACGUUCUCAUGUCCAUGACCAUGACCAUGAUCUACGAAUUCGUCUUCACCCGCUUCUUGUUUGGUAUGGACCGCGACCAGCGCCAGCGCCUCAAGUACCUCGAGAAACAACUAUCGGAGACCGGACCCGUGCACGCCGUCCGCCAAUGGCGCGCCGUCACUUUGACUCUGCUCAGCCAACGAAGGAAUUACAAAUCGCAGCGUGAUCGCGACACGGAAGCAGUCGUCCAAGCUAUUCUUGACGCAUUGGAUAAGAUCCUCCCGCCUCCUUCGGACAAGGAAAAGGUCAUUUUGGACCAACUGCGCCGUGUGGUGCGGGAAGCAGUGAAACUCUCAAUUGAAAUGCGAACCCAGCGCGCAGAGUAUAUCAUGCUCCCGCCGCUGCAGCCGGAGUACGACGAGAGCGGCGAGUUGGUUGAGACGGUCAGCUUCAAUGCCGCGCUGAUGAAUGAAAGGAGCGGGGAUGUGGAUGUUCCGAGCCCCGAAGAACUGGAGAGGCAGAGGGCUACGGUUCGAGUGGUGCUGUUCCCGCUGGUGAUUAGAAAGGGGGAUGAUUGGGGGAGGGGAGACGAUGAGGUGGUGGUUUGUCCGGCGCAGGUGUUGGUGCAGAGGCCGAGGAAGCAGAGGAGUGCUGCGGGUGGGAGGGUUGUUAGUGGUCAGAAGGCGCGGGAGCCGGUGGCGCAGGGGAUGAAGGGGGGAGAUGAGAUGAUGGGUGGGAUGGGAAGUCAGGUUUGAUUGUCUGAUGGAUGAUGGGUGGAUGGAAGCGCUGAUGGAUGGGAUAUAAUAUAGAAAAUGGAAAAUGGAAGAUGGAGGGGGAGGAGGAAAGGAACGGGAAGGAGAGAUAGACAGGAAAGAAAGAAGGAUGGAAGGAAGGAAAAGAUGACGAUGAGAUGACCUAAAAAGAAUCUUCUUACUUACUUGGUAAUUUCCUGUCUUGUCGUUGCUGUUUAGUCUUACUUUGUUUUAUUGUUUUCAGUUAUUAUUUACUCGGUCGAUGGUCGUCGGAGUUGGUAGGCGCAAAUCUAACUUUGCUUUGCUUUGCUUUGCUUUGCUUUGCUUUGCUUUUUGUCUUGAAUUGGGUUGUGAUAUGUUGUUUUCGAAUUUGG